UAUAAAACUUGAGCUCCGAUUAGCUAUUAAAAAGAAAGACAUUGCCUACUUUUACGUACCUCCUGCUUGCCAAGGAGCAGCUUGAAAAGUGGACUUUGCCCAUCCAGGGUAGGAGCUCUGAGGCUCAGAUUGCUCAUUCUUUCCCAGAAAACUAUUCUGAAGUGGGGCUGCGUGCAUCAGAAUGGAAUGAAAUAAAGCUCAUCCCAAAGAAUUCUAUUUGGCUAACAUAUCAUUUCCAAGCUGACCAUAUCAAUGAUGGAACAGAAAACUAGUCUGAGAAGAGUCCACUCUUUGAGAAAUGUCUCUGAGGAAAAUCCAAUCCCUGAAGAUACAAAAGUGUCUGUUUUGCAGCUUGUGGCGCAGUAUCAAAGUACAUUGGAUUUAAGAAAUGCACUUACAGAAGAAGAAAGAAAAAAAAUUAUACAUAGAAAUGAAACCCCAGAAAAUAAGAUGGAAAUGUUGAAGAUGGUGUUCGAGAAGAAAGCUGAUAAGAAGCGGUCAGGUAUUGACCGAAGUAUCUUCAGUCAUUUUCAAAGGAGUAAGUCCAUGGAACAUCUUCCCAUUCGAAAGGCUGAUGCAGGCGUCAACAUUUGUGCACUACGAGCUGUUUUUGAACCAAAGGGUUCUCCCAUCAAAAGGUUUCAUCCCAAGUAUUUUCAUUUACCUGGAAAAAGUGCAGCCAAACAUGAGGUGACAUUUGCUACCCCAUGGCACAUAGCUGCAUCCAGUUUUGAGAAACCAGAAAAGUAUACAUCUGGCCGUGGUGGAAAGGUGAAAGAGCAACUGAAGCACAGAAAGGAAGAGAGAUCGGAAAGCAGGACCUCCGUACCAGGAGUGCAAGUCCAGUUUAGUGGGGUAACUGAGCACAGCUAUGACCAGAAUCAACUAAAUUUACAACCUGAAGACAGAAAUACAGACAUUGACCGAGUGACGGACAAACCAGUGUCUACAGUAAAAGAACUUUCUGAACUCUAUUUGUCAAAAAUAACUACACAGAAUUCAGCAGACAGUCCACCAAAGGCCGUUGGCCUCCUACAUGACAGUGUACCUUAUUCCGGCACCUCAUUUAAAACAAACAAGAUGGCAGAGAAAACAGAACAAAUGAAGGCAACCCUGACAAACAACGGACAAAACCUAGAAUGUGAAUUGCCACCUCCACCUCCUGCAAAUACACAACAGGAAGAGGUAGCUUCUGUGAGAGAUGCAAGUGAAAGUUUCAUUCCGGUUCCUCCUCCCAAAGAAACUUUUUCUGUGUUUUACCAGCAGCGACAAAAAAAUGAGCUUAAGAGGCUCUAUAAACAUAUGCAUCCAGAGCUAAGAAAAAACUUGGAGGAUGUUGUGAAUGAAGAAUUUGUGGAAGUGAUGAAUUCUGGGGAUGUUCCAUGCAUUGAUGCAGGACUUCAAGGGGAAGUUCAGUCCAUGCGCUGGAUCUUUGAGAACUGGGCCCUAGAUUCCAUAGGUGAACACCAUGCUACCAAGAAGAUACUUGAAGAGGAAUCUGUUCCCAGCGGAAAUGUGAAAAGUACUUCUUCCUGCUUUGAAUGCCAUGCCCCAGAUAGUUUACAUUUAUCCACCUCAACAGCAAUGCUUAAGACAGAUCAAGCCAAGGGAGAUGUCCGCACAACAUCAUGGCUGUUUGAAACCCAGCCUUUGGACUCCUUAAAUAAAAUCUAUCCAGAGGAAGGAGAUGUUUUGGAAGCUGUGCUGAAAGAACCUGUGCAAGGAGGAGAUGUAAAAGGAGCAAGGCUUCUCUUUGAGUCCUAUCCUUUAGAUACGCUUGGGCGCUGCAAUUCGGUGGAAGACUAUCAAAUUCUGAAACUAAAAUCUGAAAUACAAGAGCAGAAAGGUGAUGUACAAAAAAGUGUGAAGCUGUUUGAGACAGAGCCAUGCUGUGCCAUUAGGGAUGACACAGGAAAUAUCCAUGAAAUUAAGUCUAUCUGCAGAGAAGAGGUCCAGACUAAUAGUGUCAGAACGGCACGAUGGCUUUUUGAGACCCAGCCACUAGAUAUUAUAAACAAAGGUGCAUCAGGGGUUCGUAUCAUUCGUGGAAUAUCUCUGGAAGAAGCCCAAAAGGGAGGAGUGGACAAAAAACGGUGGAUGUUUGAAACUCAGCCUUUGGAUACCAUUCAGGAAACCAUCCAUGAGGAUAAUUUCAAAGCAAGCAUGGAAGUAAUAGAAGGAAGUGAUGUUGUUGGGAAACGAUUACUUUUUGAAACCCAGCCACUGGAUUCCUUAAAAGGUGAAUCUUCCAGUGACAUUCAACUAAGAGAAGAAAUGGUAGGUGGAGAUGUGAAGUCAACUCUUUGGUUGUUUGAAACUCAGCCAAUAGAAACACUAAAGGACAGUUGCGAAGUUGGCCAUUUAAAGAAAGUCACUGUGACUGAAGAUGAAAAAGGAGCAGUAAAGCAAAGGAAGCUUGAGUUUGAGACCAAGUCUCUUGAGACCUUGAACAAAGAAGCAUCUAAUACUGCACAGAUAGAAAAGGGAGAUGUUAAACUGUAUCAACAACUCUUUGAAACCCUCCCUUUGGACAGCAUAUCUGCCAGUGACAAUGAAUGCAAUGCUAAAAGAGAAGAAGUGCUGGUUGGAAAUGUCAAAUGCAACAAACACUUGUUUGAAUCAACCCCAUUAUAUGCGAUUAGAGACAAUUCUGGGUAUUAUCACAAGGUAACAACAGUAAGCCGCGAAGAAGUCAUUAAGGGUGACGUCCAAAAAUGCAGAUGGAUGUUUGAGACAAAACCCUUAGACCAGUUUGAUGAAGAAGCAGGGAAUGUUAAGAUUAUUAAAGGCAUUACUAGGCAAGAAUCUUGCACUGGUGAGGUCAAGACAGCUAAAUGGCUUUUUGAGACCCAGCCACUAGAUAGUAUCCACAAGCAAGUCAACCAGACUGAAGAGUCUUUAGGGAUGAAGAAAGAAAUCUCUGAAAGGGGAGAUGUCAGUACUUGCAGGUGGCUUUUUGAAACGCAGCCCAUGGAUGUUUUGUAUGAAAAAAGUGACACCAUAAAGGAGGGGGAAAGUAUACCAAAAGCUGAUGUGAAAUCUUAUACGUGGCUUUUUGAGACCCAGCCUUUGGACGCUAUAAAAGAAAGCACUGAGAAAUAUUUAAAAGUAUGUGAUGUCUAUCAGGAUGAUGUUAAAAAUGUGGAUGUGAAAACAGUGAGACAUCUUUUUGAAACAGAAUCUUUAGAUAGCAGCACUUCUCUUCAGACGGGAGAACAAGCUUUCAGAUGUUUAAGCAAAGUAGAUAUCCAGUCGGGAGACGUGUCAAGAGUAAAGGAAGUCUUUGAAACUAAGCCAAUUGACAGCAUUGGUGCAUCCUCCGUAAAAGUUUCAGAAGUAGGCGACGAAGGAGAAAGCAUCCAGGUAGGCUCAGUUCACAAGUUCACCUGGCUUUUUGAAAAUGGUGUCACUGAUACUAUUAAUAGUACUGAGAGCAACAAACAACAUACGUGUGAUGUCAAACCAGGGGAAGUUGGAAACAAAAAAUUUGUUUUCGAAACCUUUUCUUUAGACCAGAUUCACCAUUUAAACAAGGAGUCCGAAUGUGUCUCAGAUUCAACUGAGGAGACCUUGCAAAAAGGAGAUGUGAAAUCCUCUGUCUUGUUAUUUGAGUCUCAACCCCUAUAUGCCAUUCAAGACAAAGAUGGACUAUUUCAUGAGGUCACCACUGUUAAGAAAGAAGAAAUUAUGAGUGGAAAUGUUAGAGGUGCAAGAUGGAUGUUUGAAACAAAGCCUUUGGAUAGCAUUAAACCCGAGGAUGAAAUUUACCUUAUCCGUGCUGUUACACAGGAGGAUAUUGAGAAAGGUGAUGUCAAAACUGCACGAUGGAGAUUUGAGACACAACCACUGGAUUCGUUUGCUUUGGGAGAAAAGACAGUAGUAAAAACAGUGGAUGAUAUUCAAAAAGGUGAUGUGCAGUCAAACAAACAAAUUUUUGAGUGUCAAAGGAGUAACCAGAAGUAUGUAAGAAUGGUGAGCGUUAGUGAUGUUCACCGAGGAGACGUCAGGACUUCCACUUGGCUUUUUGAAAAUCAACCCAUCGAUUCCUUAAAAGGUGAUUUUCAGGAAAGCACAUCAGUUCAAAAGGUGCACAGGGAAGAUAGUCACAAAGGAGAUGUUAAAAGGUGCACUUGGUUAUUUGAAACACAGCCUUUAGAUACAUUAAAGGAUUCAGAAAUUAGCUCAACAGUGAAGAUUCAAGAGGAAAUGCCUCAGGCAGAUGUAAAGAGAACAACAUGGUUGUUUGAAACAACACCUCUUGACAAAUUUUCUUCAGAGCAUGCAACAAAUCAGUCUAUGCAAAUAACUGAAAGUAUAAAAGAAACAUUACAUCGCCUAAGCAGUUUUUGUGCAGUUCGCUCACAUGGGAUUAUUAUUGAAGCUAAUGAAACGACAAGUGUAAAAAUGGCAAAGUAUCAGUUAACCAACAGUGAAGGACCUAUGAUUCAGAAAGAUGAGCUUGUUGAAGGAAACAUUGAGGCAAUAAUGCUACAGUUACUGUGCACGAUGAAUGUGGAGCCCCAUGGCAUUCUUCUUAAAGAAGAUGAUGAGGGAAAUGUAAAUGUAACAAAGCUUGAUUUGUCUGUGCAUCAUGCCAAGGCCAGCUCAUUGACAGAGACUGAGCAUACGAGAGCAGAUGUAGCACAUGCCCUUGACAACCUUUUGAGUCAAGACAAAUCAGUGAAGAAAGGAAUUCUGAUUCAAGAAUCAAACAAGGGUAGUGUUGAAAUGACGGUGUAUUCCCUUUUCAGUCAGUCAGAAACUAUUAAAGGUGAUGUGAAGUCUACCAUUAGCAGUCUUCUGGCAUCGACACAGGAGCACAAAGCUGCAGCAACUAUCAGGUUAGAAGAAAGUGAAAAAGGAAAUGUGAACUUGUAUAAGACCUGCAUUGAAAAAGGAGAAUUGGAUUAUCUCAAGAACUGUCAAGACCAGACCUCAGAGGAUACCAUUGACAGUAGGCCUAAAGAUCAAGUUGACAUUAUGCAAGGGGAUGUUGAGGGAGCAAAAAGACACCUUGGUCAAAUGCAGGAGUCCGUCGAAAGAACAGUUACUGACAUCGUCCCUGGAGAUGUAAGAAGUACCAAAAAAGUGUUCCUUUCUGAAAACUCAAUGGUCUCCAAUGUUGUCCACAAAGAAGAGAUCCUGCGGGGUGAUGUGUCUUCUGCUAAACAAUCCCUGGAUCAGGCAGUAAAACAACCACUAGUUAUCCAAAAAGAGGAAAUUGUUUCAGGAGAUAUUAAAGCAACCCUAAAAUCUCUAGAAGAGGCAAAAAAUCAAAGUAUGAAGCAGGAGAGGAAAACUACUGUUCCCGGUACAAUUUAUGACAUCCAAUUGCCAACAGAGGAGAUUACAUUCACAGAAAGUGGCAAUGAAGAAACACUAGGACAUUUUUCUGGAUGCACUGCUGAAGAAAAACACAGGGAAGAGAAAAUUAGUCAAGCCGGAUCAGCAAAUGAAGAGUCUGAUAGCGCUGAUCUUGAGGCAUCAAUGCAAAGUCUUCAGCAAGAAACAGCCAAGCAACAAAUGCUUCACCACCAUACUCAGGAGAAGCAGGAUGUGUUUUCUCAGUUUGCUGGCCAACAGCAGCAGAUGCAGCAGCAGGAACGAGUCAAGCAAGAAUCAAAAAAGGUUGAGAAAACUGUUAUCCAAAAGAAGAAAAUGUCCUCUACGACACCAGUAAAAGAAUCGGCUACUUUGUCUACAAGUCAGCAGAAGAAAAUUUCCUCUACGACAACAGUAAAAGAAUCGGCUACUUUGUCUACAAGUCAGCAGAAGAAAAUUUCCUCUACGACAACAGUAAAAGAAUCGGCUACUUUGUCUACAAGUCAGCAGAAGUUUCUUCCGACACAGCCAAAGUUUCAGUGAUUGAUGGGGGAUUCCAGCCUUCUGCAGCCGUCACCCACCCCUGUGAGACAAAAACAUGUAGUGAGAGGUCUGAUUGUCCUACUGCCUCUAAAGAAUCUGUUUUGGCCAACCCUCCAAAAUCUUCAGAGAAGGUCUCACCC